ACAGAACUGAGAGUAGCAUUCCUGAGUGAGAGGGAAACCUGCCUGAACACUGAGCCUGAUUAGUCAUCCGUCCUCUCAGCUCUAUAGCUCUGCUUCAUCCACAGGCUCUUCCAACUCCUGCAAGUGCCAGCCAAGAACAGACUGACUCAAAAGCUCUGAGCCUUUUCCCAUCAGCUGACAGCAUGGAUUGUUUCAGGAGGAUAUCCAGUGUCAUCAUUUUCCUUAGUUUUCACAUGCUACAGCUUGCUUGUGGGACAACAGUUGGACCACUGUGUAAACCUGGAGAAAAUUGUACAUCUGAAAUAUUGAAAACAACUGAAAGUCCACAUGUAACAACAUUCAAGGUAUCCAAAUGUGCACCAGAGAUGAGCGACUACUGUAUCAAUGGUCAGUGCUUGUACCAUGAGGAGGCUGAUGAACACUACUGUCAGUGUGAAAGAGGUUAUCUUGGACUCCGCUGUGCUCACUCAGACCUUCUACAUCAACCUCCCAAUGAGGAAUAUUUGGCACUUACCAUCUUUUUAACAUCUAUGUUGCUUAUAGUAGCUGCCUUGGCUGUAUUCUUUGCACUAAAGUGGUACAAACUUAAGAAAUCUAUCCAGAAGUACAAGGGAGUUAAUACACAGCACAUAUAGAAUCCUGGCUUUCCAUGAAGGUCAAAAAUAAAUAAGUGUUCCUGAAGCAGCUGGUGCUGUCAACUACAUUUAAUGUAAACUAUUCAUUUCUUGAGUUUUUGUUUUUUUCAAUAUUUAUAUAUUUAGAUUUGUUUUGUGCACUGCAGGUCAACCAUGACUGGUAUUAGUAUUGCUGUAAAUAUUAAUGUUAUAUGUAUUAUUUGUGACCAUCACCUAAUAGUACAUUUGUAUGUAAAUAUUUUACAAAAUUGACCAAUUUUUGUAUGCUGGGUUUUUUAUGGAAUAUUUAUGUUCUUUUUAUUUGUUGUAAAUUAUUUUUGUAAUGCCUAAUGGCUGGAGUACAGCUAGCCACAGAUGGUUUGAUGCUCCAAAAUUUGAGCAUUGUUUGUCAUUUCUGACCCUUUUCUGCUGAACUAGAUGGUGAUAAUGAGCAUGCCAAAGAGAUAGAGGCGCUCCUUAUCGCACAGGUACAUUUUCCAACCUGUUGGA